UUUCGCAAACUGCAUCUACACGAAGACCAACACCGGGGUAAAUGCCCCACGAUGAACAGCGGGGCUAUAGUAACGACCAUGCAACCAACAGCCCACGCGGUCUGCAAAACUUACUCGCUGCACAGUUGCAAUAGCAGCAGCGGCUCCUUGGGGAUCAAGGUGCAGGCAGGACAGAGCGCAGGCUCCUCUCCGUCCGGGAUGCCCCAGCAAUGGGGCGCUGCUACGGGUUGUCCUGGCCAGGUUCAGCCGUCCAAUUCGGCCACCCGCUGCAGAGGCUCCAAGCGGCGCUCGAGCUCGCCGGAGCUGCUGCGCUGCAAGAGACGCUUAGCAUUCCCGGGCCUGACAGCGCAGCAAGGCGGCGGUGCGGCGGCCGUGGCUCGGCGCAACGAGCGGGAGAGGAACCGCGUCAAACUGGUGAACCUGGGCUUCCAGACUUUGCGCCAGCACGUGCCCAACGGCGCCGCCGCCAAGAAGAUGAGCAAGGUGGAGACCCUCCGCUCUGCCGUGGAAUACAUCCGAGCCUUGCAACAGCUGCUGGACGAACACGACGCCGUCAGCGCCGCCUUCCAGGACGGUCUCCUGCCGCCUGCCCGUGACGCUGCCUGCGCUGGCAGCAGCAGCAGCUCGUAUUCCUCCGCCUCGCCCUCUUUUGACGGCCGGGAGGGCAGUUCGGUGCCGGGAUCCCCGCACUCGGCUUAUUCAUCGGACGAGAGUGGCUACGAGGGGGCACUCAGCCCGGAGGAGCAGGAGCUGCUCGAUUUCACCAGUUGGUUCGGGAGCUGCUGAGCUGGAAGGCAAUGCUGAAAGCAACACUGUGUAGAACCUCAGUACCUCAUUGUCCCAGGCUCCGAUGCAGCAGAAGAGCAACAGGAACUUCUAAUUUAACAUGCACCUACUCCCUUCAAGCCUCAUUGCAAAGGAUGUUGGAUAGUCAGACCUUUCUAACCACAUUCUUUCAGUGUUCAUUUAUGAAACAAAAGACUGGUAGUUUUGAUUCUUUCGUUUU